AUGGCAUCGAUGAUUGAAGGUGACCCACAUGAAGUUGAACAUGUCGAGGAUGAUCGAUUUCGUGGCGAGGGUAAAAUCGUAGACGAGCAGGACAGAGAAGAGCAUUUCGUCAAACCCCUUCAUACAUAUUAUUGCCACUGUGGACUGAUUGCGAUGAUAACAGAUACACUGAUAACAAGGAUGCCGCUGCGUCGACGUGAUCGAGCACGUGUCAUUGAUCCCAGUAGAACGGCUGCAAAAACAUUUUGCGAUAAUGGUGAUACAGUGUAUGUACGAAGGCAAGAGGGUUUGGAGCAGCAGUACAGAAAAAAUUGUCGUAAAUGUGGAAUUCCGUUAUUUUACCAGCAUCCUUUCAAUUUGAAAUAUGUAUUCAUCUUUGAUAAUGCCGUUCGAUCAGCUCAGCAAGUUGGUGGCCUGAAGCUU